UUCCUCCAAAAAGCCGAUUCAACAUAGUGCAACAAGACAUGAAGAAGGGGGUGGCUUAAUCUCAAUUGGAUUCCACACUACACUCCAUGCGAGCCACCUUCUUUUACCACCAAGAUUCAUACCCUUUUGAGCCCUCUAUCAAUCAUUAUUUCUUCAAUGAAAUCCUUAAGCGGAAUGGAUCUUGAAGAGUGGGAACUUCUACCUGAUGAUGGAUUUCUCGAAAUCCAUGAUGAUGGAGGGAAGAAAAUCUACUCUAGGAAGUAUAGUAGUGGUUUAACUAGUGUUCUUGAGACGAAUUACUUCGUCUGUCCAACUAAAUCUAGUCCACAAUUCGUCGAAUCAACAACCAAUCAACUUUUACCAGUCCCAAUUCACUUGGAACCGACAAUUCUCAAACCGUGUGAUCAGGAGAUACCUAAUCAAGUCCCGGUUGAGGUUAAGAUGAUGCCAUCAGUUUUACCGGAGAAGAUCAAACCUUUGAAUACCGGAUCGGCUUCUGAAGCUGAUGAAGACCUGGUUUCCCAAGUUUUCUUCAAGAAAAUGAAGGAGCCUGAAUUUGUCGACAUGAAAGUGGAGUCACCCAAGUCUAGUAGAAGUGGAAUCAUGCCUCAGAUUGAAGGUACAGGCUUUUAUCAGUUUGAAGAAAAUGGAGAGGCUUAUAAAGUGGAGGCCUUGGACGGCAAGAGUUGUGCAUCAAAAGUAAAAGGUGAUUCAGACAUGGAUAUGGAGGAAAAUAAUUGGGGAUUAAAUAUAUGGAAAUGGAGUUUAAAUGGAGUUGGCGCUAUUUUCUCCUUUGGAGUCGCGGCUGCCACUGUCUCCUUCAUCAUCUUUGGGAGUCACCAGAGAAGUAAACAGCAGAAUCAAAAGCUUCAGUUGCAAAUCUAUACAAAUGACAAGAGGAUCGAGCAAGUCGUUCACCACGCAAGUAAGCUAAACGAAGCAAUAUCAGCUGUUACUGUUAGAGGAGUUCCCCUCACUAGAGCACAUGUUACCUCUGGUGGAUAUUAUGAGGCUCAUUGAAACUGGGCAGGUUUACUUAUUUUUAUCAGCAUUACUUAUCUCUUCAUAAAUAAGACGAUCCUGUAGUAUAAAAUGUUAAUGGCGCUGUGUAUGAAAACAUAUUUGAGUGUUAUUUAUUCAUCAUACAAGAGUGAGACUGGUAUUUGGUGAUCACUGCAUCAGAAGAAAGUGUGUGGUAAAACUUCGGCAUAUGUUCAUGCCCAUUUGUCAGCGUGUGGUACUUGCCAAUGUGCGAUGAUCAGAUGUUGCCCUCUUGACAUCGUUCGGAAACUCGGGAUGUUGGCUUGGGAUCGGCAACUGCUUGUGCGCACAGUGCACAGCACUUGCUGCUCCGACUAAUUGUCUACCCUUUCUAGGUGUAAAUUCUAUGUUAUGUCUGGCCUUGUCUAAGGGCAUAUCUUUUGUUUUACUUCUUCUGAAGUAAUCACAAACACUUUUUUGAUUA